AUGCCAAAAGGCAUGCACAACCCGCUGCCCGCAUCGCUGGGCAGCGAAUGCAAAAAAGCGGCGCAAAUCCUCGACUCCUUCAUCAAUGGCUCGUGGCGCGGGAGUCCCGGGCGCGAACUCCCAGAGCGCGCGUUGAGAAACGCGAAGGGACUCGCAAUCCUCACCGUCACGAAAGCCGGCCUCCUCGGCUCCCUCCGCUUCGGAUCGGGCAUCCUCAUCGCGCGCCUUCCUGACAAUCAAGACUCCGGCACCGGCACUGGCUGGUCACCCCCGUCCGCAAUCAGCACAUUCGGCCUGGGCUUCGGCGGCCAAGCAGGCUUCGAGCUGACCGACUUCGUCUUCAUCCUAAAUGACGCCGAAUCCAUACAAACGUUCUCCAAGCUCGGAUCGCUUACCGUCUCUGGGAACUUCAGUAUUGCGUUUGGACCGCUCGGUCGGAAUGCGGAGAUCGCGGGCGGAUUGAGUACGAAUGGGGGAGGGAAAAUGAUGAGCUUUGCGAAGACGAAGGGGCUCUUUGGGGGCGUCUCGCUGGAGUCUGGGGUUCUGGUUGAGAGGCGUUGGGCGAAUAAACGGUUCUAUGGACGCAAGGUUACGGCGGCGGGGAUCCUGGGUGGCGAUGUUCAAGCUCCUGACGGGGAGAGGGACGUGGAGGGCUUGAUGAGGGCUCUGGCGGAGGUUUUUGCUGUGGGAGCUGGUGGGGAUGGGGGUGCUGCCGCUGUGGAGAGCGGCCCUGAGCCCGGGCCUCAACCUGAUCCCCAGCAGCCCAUCUCAGGGUCCAACCCAGAGUUAGGACCAGAGUUGCUGCCCGUACCUGAGCCGAGCCCAACCGCGAUCAAUACCUUGGCCGAGCGAGUUGGAUCGCGACAUGGGCAGCACGAUGGAGGUGAUACCAUAGGGGAGCGACCAUGCCGAACUACAACGAUCGGAGACUGGCCAACCCAACCAGAACCAGCGCCCAGAGUUAUCGCCGCAUCGGAUUUGAGGCUGUGA